UUGUGGUUCUUGUACUAUCUGAAUUUGAGGGUUAGGGUGCAGGAUGAGUGUUAUUUUGCUAAUGGAGUAUAUAGGUAUAAUCUCAGUCUGCCUCUAAAACGAAACCUGCAAAGAAGUAAGUAAGCAAGCUGAUAAGAUCUUCAGUCAUGACCAAUGAUCUUCCUGAAUCACUCCCUCAACAGUGGACUUUAACCAUUCAUUAUCAUCCAACUCAAGUGAACUUUGACCCUCUGGAUCUAGCGUGCUACACCGAGGGAUAACAGCAGCAGUGAGAAAGCUUUAAAGGUUUCCUAUUUCAGUUAAAUGACAUUUGUUAAUAUGAGGGCCUGUGGAUAAAUAAGUUAAAGCUUUAACAACAUUUGGGCAAGAUGACGCAGAACAUGUUUCAGGAGGGGCUGUACCAGGUGUUUUUUAAAGAGACACCCACAACCCGCCCACUGACCCAGGUUACCAAUCAGGGGGAGCUAGUCAAUGUCAGGAUUCAGCGUUGGUUUGGGACUGUAGUGAACACCAGACUGUUAGUCGCUGGGGUGGUGCAGAUCCUCAGUGCCUUACCUUGCAUACUAACCACAGUCAUUCAUGCAUGUGUGAGCUACAACUGCUCUGUCUCCAUGACAACACCAGUGUGGUCAAGCCUAUUUUAUGCAGCUGCUGGGUGUCUGGCAGUGGAGGUGCAGAGGAAAGCCAGUAAAUUAAAGAUUAUCUCACUGAUGGUUCUGAACGUCUUUACUCUACUGUUUGGUUUCUCUGCUCUCCUGGCCAAUAACCUCAGGUCUACCCAGCCUGUCGCACUCAAGACAGACCAACAGCGUGUUGGUUCAUAUGUUGCAAAGGGGAGCUCCAUAGCAUUUACUGUGCAGUGUUUUCUGGCAUCAGUCUACAUUCUUUUCCUGUCGUGGAGAGGCCUACGUCGCUACAGUCAGCCCCAUAUUCAGGCCUACCACCGCCUCUCACAGGAUCCGGACGGGCCUCUACUGGAACAAGGGGAAUUCAGUCUGUGAAACUGAAAGACUUUUUAAGACACUCCUGUUUUGUAAACUCAAGUUACUGUUGUUGAUCAGGGUCUGUAUGGUUGGUAUGAAUAGCUUAUGCAGUCCUGAUUGUGGAAAUUGUUUUCGUUAUUGUGAAAUUAUAUGUCACCUGACUGAUGGCUCAGUAUCGCUUCUCCUUUGGGAUCCCCAAAAACUUUCCAACAGCAAAGUCAAAACCUUAAAAUGAAAAGCAGCUUGUUAAACAAGUAAUGGUGUUUUUGAGUUGAGCAAUCUCACUGCUCUGUGGUGAACACUAGAGGGCAGCAUUGCCACUGAUUUGACAUGUUGUACAGGCUCAUCGACAAAUCAACUUAUUCUGUUCAGUGUAAGAACAGAGAAUGCACUUAAAAAUAAGAAUCAGGAUGAGACAUAAAACACACUGAAGAGAAGGUGACCGCACACUAAGGUGCUAUCACGUGUUAACAUAUAGAGAUAAUUCUGGUUAAGCAUUGCGAUGAGGAUAUACAGUGUAUUGUACAUCAUGUGUGGCAUGUAUAUAUAUGUAAGUGUGGUUGAAAUGUCGGUAAAAAAAAUCAUUGGAGCUGGAUGUGUGGUCAUCUUCUCUACAGAAUAUAAACAUUGUCAGGAAGGAGGCCUCUUGUUGUGGAACAGUAUGAUGUGUGGAUUGUGAAUUCACUGUUUUAAUCUAUCUAUGAUCACUGAGUGUAAAUAAAAUGAAAUAAAUGAUCUGUUUUAGUA